AUGGCCACCUCGUUGAAGAACAUUAUUGUCGUGGGAGGCUCUUAUGUUGGGCGAGCUACGGCCCAAGAGCUUGCUCGUGUUAUACCCACAACACAUAGGGUGCUGCUAAUCGAGCCACACAGUCAUUUCAAUCAUCUCUUUGCUUUUCCCCGAUUUGCCGUCGUUCCCGGCCAUGAGCACAAGGCAUUCAUUCCGUAUACAGGUAUAUUCAGCCCAGUGCCAGGUUGUUCCGACUUACCCACCAUCAUUCAAGCACGUGUGACCUCUGUAAAGCAAAAUUACGUGAAGCUUGAUCGAGAGUGGCAAGGAUCUAGUCAGAUCCCAUUCGCAUACCUUGCUGUCGCAACCGGAGCCAGCCUUUCGGAGCCGGGUUCAAUGAAGUAUGAUGACAAAUUGUCUUCUAUACAAUAUCUGAAAAGUCACCAGGAGAACGUCAAGAAAUCAAAGUCAAUUCUCAUCGUCGGGGGAGGAGCCGUGGGCAUUCAAAUAGCCACCGAUAUGAAGGAGUAUUACCCUGAAAAGGACGUUGUGGUUGUACAUUCGCGCGAACAUUUGAUGCCACUUUUCCAUUCAAAAAUGCACGACCUGGUCAAAAAGAGGUUUGAUGAACUCGGCAUCAAGCUUGUCACAGGCUCGCGGGUGGUUGUACCAACAAAUGGUUUCCCAACUGAUGGAAGCAAGUUCGAAGUCCACCUAACGAAUGGUUCCAAAUUGACAACCGAGCUCGUAAUAUUAGCGACUGGACAAACACCUAACAACAGCCUGAUCAAAGAUCUUACUCCGUCAGGCACCGAGUCUUUGAUAAACCCAGAGAAUGGCUUCAUCCGUAUCCGACCGACCAUGCAGUUCUUAGACAAGAAAUAUCCAAACUUGUUUGCUGUGGGUGAUAUUGCAGACACCGGUUUGCACAAGGCUGCAAGACCUGGAAGUGCACAGGCUGCUGUCGUAGCCAAGAAUAUCCAGGCCUUGGUCGAGGGCAGAGAACCACAGGAACACUUCAGCUGGAGCCCGCGAGCUAUUCAUCUUUCUCUAGGAUUGAAACAAAAUGUCAAGUUCCGCAACCCUAACGUGGCUGAGGGGCAAACCGAGCCGUCCAUUAACAUGAGUGAAGAUGGCCAUGAGGAUCUUGGGGUGGAGCGAGCAUGGGCGAGAAUGGGCGUCUCGGUGGAUAGUCCUUGGCGAUACCAUUUGUGA